AGCUAGGAUUAUUUUUAUCAGUUUAUCUUAAAUGAGAAAAUUGUGAAUGAAACUAGUCAUGUUCGCAUAAGAAUACUUAUCAAAGUUUAAUUCUAUAAUGAUAUUAUUGUUAUUGUGAAACUAAACCAAUCGUGUAUUCACUACCAUGGAUUCCUUACUAGAAGUACCAAACAGUGAAUUGCCAAAACUACGAGAUCUCUUUCGAACUCACUGGCCGCAUGGAGUAGAGGGCUUUUGCCUCCUCAACGCCAAUAUUUUAUAUCCUGCUCUUACAGAGUUUUUUAGUUUCAAAUUCUAUUGCCCAGGCGGCAAGAUUGCUAAUGGAUUGGUUGCAAUUAGUGAUAAGGAAUACUACCAAGUGUAUAUUUGUCCUGUAACAGAAGAUGUAUCUAUAAUGGAAAAUGCAUUGUAUAAAACAUCUGUCAUUGACUGGAAUAGAGUUGUCACUGUGCCUUCAGCUAGUGCCAAUGUUGUGGCAGCCCUGAAAAGGCUUUGUAGUCGAUUGGAUUUAAAAAUUAUAUACGAAAACCGAUGCUGUAAACAUCUACUUGACAGAGAUAAUAAACCAUUUGAUUUAAGUGACCCAGUAAACACAUAUGUUGGUCCUAUGAAACGUGAGCACCUAAAACUAGUGAAUGAAACUUGGACGUUCUACAGUGAUCGUUCUUACAGCUUGUUUGAAACCUUAAUGAACAACGGUCUCACCUACAUGCUGUACUCCUCUGAGGACCAUUCUCCUCUUUCCUGGAUCACUGUGGACGAAGCUGGUGCCUUCACACAUCUGUACUGCUUAGAUGCUUACAGAAGGAAGGGUUACGCUGAAUAUAUUACCAAGGUGACUGUCAAUGACCUCCUCCAGCAAGGAAAAGAUGUACUGGCAUACACAUUAGAGGACAACGUCAAACCUCAAAAAUUAUUCGAAAAGCUGGGUUUUGAUUUUCUUGGAUACGUGUGGUGGAUCCGUUUGACGAAGGAUAAAGGAAAUUAAUUUCUAAGUACUUCGUUAUGUUUUCAAGUACCUAAAGUGUAAAUAAAUAGU